AUGGAGUCUACAACCCACGGAGCAGCACAGGGAGCCUUUGAAAAAAUCUUUGAAGCUUGGACAGGGUUCGAUGAAAACUAUCCACUUCUUGCUACAAGAAACGCGACCUUCCGCGGUGCUUCGGGCAGAAACAAACGCCCAGAUUCUGCCUGGCAACCAUUACAUGCUGCAUCGGGGAGAUCCUCACAUUGGCCUACUAUAGUGUUGGAGGUAGCGUGUUCCGAGAGUCGGAGAAAGAUAGAACGAGACAUAAAGUUCUGGUUAACUGAGUCUAACGACCAGGUGAACAUUGCGCUGACAAUGAGGAUUUACAACCGCGGCAGAAUAUCUGUGGAGGAAUGGAGGGGAAGAGGCCCAAAUCGACCCCCAAUCCCAUGCCAACGAAUUGAUAUCGUGCGGGAUGCCGGCCUAAAUGGCUCCAGGGUGCAAGGCAGCUUUCGCCUGUCCUACGAAGAUAUCCAUCUUAGAGAGAGGCCGCAAAAGGCAACGGAUUUCACCCUGACUGCCGGCAACAUGGAAUACAUUGCAAAGGCAGUUUGGGAGUUUCAGUUUGCCUAA